AUGGACAUGUUCUAUGGCUCUCUUCUGUCCCUCUUUGUAAUCUUCGUCUCUUUUGCAAUUCACUUCCUUUUCCACAAAAAAAAUCCGACAACCACCCUCCAUCCACCUGGCAGAUCAGGGUGGCCAUUUCUUGGGGAGACCUUGGAGUUUCUUUCCACCGGUUGGAAUGGUCACCCUGAAAAAUUUGUAUUUGAUCGCAUGACCAAAUACUCAUCUAAUAUCUUCAAAACGUCAUUGUUAGGAUCCGAUGCUGCUGUUUUUUGUAGUCCCGCAGGAAACAAGUUUUUGUUUUCCAACGAAUACAAACUUGUACGGAUGUGGGUGCCGGAUUCUAUCAACAAGUUGUUUCCUUCUAAAUCAAGUCCAGCAGAAGAAGCCAUGAAGAUGAGGAAAGCUUUUCCAAGUUUCUUAAAACCAGAAGCUUUACAAAGAUACAUUGGCGUAAUGGAUGAUGUCACUGGAAAACACUUUUCGUCUUCAUGGGAAAACCAAGAAGUUGUCACUGUUUACCCUCUCAUCAAACACUUCGCAUUUGACAUCGCCUCUCGGUUGUUUAUUAGUGUAGAAAGCCCUGAGCAUAUUGCAAGAUUUGCAGCGCCUUUUGAUAGGUUAGUUUCUGGGAUUUUUUCUAUUCCAAUAGAUUUUCCAGGAACACAAUUUAACAAAGCCAUUAAAGCUUCAAAGCAUAUAAGGAAGGAGCUCAUUGAAAUAAUCAAGAAAAGAAAGAGUGAUUUGGAAGAGGGGAAGGCUUCUCCUAAACAAGAUGUAUUGUCGCAUAUGCUUGUGACAAAUGGUGAUGAUGAUGAUGAUGCUAUGACAGAUUCAGAUAUUGCUAAUAAGUUAAUAGCUUUGUUGCUUGGUGGACAUGAUACUAUUGCUAGUACAUGCACUUCCAUUGUUAGGUAUCUUGCUGAGCUUCCAACGAUUUAUGAAGGAGUUUACAAAGAACAAAUGGAAGUUGCAAAGUCAAAAGGCCCAGGUGAACUAUUAAACUGGGAAGACAUACAGAAGAUGAAAUAUUCAUGGAGUGUAGCAUGUGAAGUCUUGAGGCUUUCUCCUCCUUUUCAAGGAACUUUCAGAGAAGCACUUACUGAUUUCACCUUUAAUGGUUUUUCCAUUCCAAAGGGCUGGAAGAUAUACUGGAGCACAAAUGGAGUGCAUAGAAACCCUGAAUACUUUUCGGAGCCCCUUAAAUUUGAUCCCACAAGAUUCGAGGGAGAUGGACCAGCUCCAUACACAUACGUGCCAUUUGGAGGAGGAGCUAGGAUGUGUCCAGGCAAAGAGUUUUCUCGAUUGGAGAUUCUUGUUUUCAUGCAUCACAUCGUGAAGAGGUUUCGAUGGAAAAAAAUCAUUCCUGAUGAAAAGAUCAUCGUCGAUCCUAUGCCAGUUCCUGCCAAAGGGCUUCCUGUUCGUCUUUACCCACACAAAACCUAG